UAUAAUGGGAGCCAACUUGAGUGAAACCGAAGCAUUUGGAGGUGCCUGGAUUGUUAGUAAAGAAGUUAGAGGAAAGCGUAUUGGCACCAAGCUGUGGGAAAAGAGAAAGGAACACGUUGGAGACAGAAACUUUGGCAUCAAUUCCGUGGCCUCCCGAGUGGAGCCGAAUCUGAAGUUGGGAUACUCCGUCAAAUCAUGGAAGAUAGGCCAUAUCAGCGGAAUCAUAGAUACCACGUCCCUUCAGAUUUCAGAAAAUGUAGGAUUUUCUAUCGUCCCUUUCCACGAGGAAUUAUUUGAACGCUUAGUAAAAUACGACACCACAAUCCACUCAAUUGAACGAAGAAAAUUCUUGCAAGUUUGGUUAGAAAAAGAUUCGACCUUGACCUUGGUGGCAACGAAACCGGACGCAGACGACAUUGUCGGGUAUGGCGUCAUUCAAAAGAGCGACGAAGGAAAUUUCCUUGGCCCCGUUUAUGGCGAAUCGGGAGAUAUUUUGAAAGUGUUGUUGGCUAAAUUAAUUAACAAUGCUUCAUUUGGGGACAAAGUAGAUAUGUUCUCACCAAUGGAAAACGACAUGACCAACGAGUUACUGGAGAAAAACAAAGAAACUUUGAAACAGCGGUAUGCCUCAAGCACGCGGAUGUAUGUGCAUCAUGACGUCAAACUUCCACUGAGUAAAGUCCUAGCUCUUGCGACAGUCGAAACAGCUCUUAUCUAAAAACCUUAAAGAUUGGUCAAAUAUUGUUUUAUGUUUAAAAAGAAGUGUUGAGGCAAAUUUUGCAUAAUCCGCGAGUAGUAUUUUUAGCUUUAAGAAUUUUAUAAAUUUACAUGUGUAUAUUGUUCUUUAUGGGCAGUCAAUCGAUAGCGAAUCGUAUGUGAUGGUGCGAAGUCUAAGAUUACAGAUUAAGAUUGCAACAUAACCUUUAUUUUAUAUAAUGUGCAAAUGAUAGUAGAAUUACAUUCUUUGUAACCAAAAUAUAUUCGACCAAUAUUUAGAAAAUGAUCAAAAGAUGGAAGUCAGACUGAUACGUUUGAUGAUUGUGAUCCAUUGCUCACCCGAUGUGCUAGUUGUGCCAGACUUCCGGUGUACAGAAAGUCCGCCCUCCAUUUAGUAAUAAUGGUUAGGGUUAGCCUGACGAAGUGGGUCAAAAUCCAGGGCGAAGCUCACCUGUGCGAAUGAAUGGGAAGCGGACUCUCUAUCAUAGGGGACUCUCUUUCACGUUACACCGGGUCCUAUAAGACCUGCAAAUGUAGAUUAACAAAGGGAGAUUUUUUCCUUGUCGUUUUAUCUAUUCUAAAGCAUUUUACACCUUAGAAUUCAACAGCUCACUGACGUGCGGUAAAACCAUGGGUCUUCAUCUCCCAUCUUUAAUUAAGUGCCGCUUACUGUAGACUUUUAACCCUUCAAGGAUCCAAAAGGUUUUCAAAUGCUUUUUAUCCAUGAUCUUUUUCUAAUAAACUCUU